AUGUCGCAUAGUAAUCGAGUAAAUUCCAAAGAAGAUGUCGAGGCCGAAGCGUAUUGGCCGAAGAAUGGAAUCGACGUUUUGGAUCCGACGUUAAUGCGUGAGAACUACUACCACGGCUUGCUGCCGCGCGAAGACAUACUCGAGAUGCUGAAGGAGAACGGCGACUUUCUGCUGCGACUAAGUGAACCAGAACCGGACAAACCGCGACAACUCAUUCUGUCGGCCAUGCAGGACAAGGAGGAGGGGACGGAUGGGGUAGGUUUGUUAACAAAAGCCUAAACUUUUAUAAAAAAGCUUUUCUAAAAGCUAUCCUAAUGUUAUCAUUUCAGAUCCGCCACUUUGUAAUCGCCAAAACCGACGACGGCUUUGUGUUGGACAACAACAACCCGUUCCCCACCGUGCCCGAGAUGAUAAAGUUCUUCAUUAUCAAAAAAAUCAACAUCUCGGAGCGCUUUCCCCUCCGACUGGUCAGUCCGCAACUUCGAAAGCCUUGGCAACUUAAUCACACGGAUAUUGUACCUGGGAAGAAGCUGGGCGAAGGGCAGUUUGGGGAAGUUUUGGAAGGAAAGCUGAUUAAAAAUGGCAAGAAGAUCCCGGUGGCCAUAAAAGUAACCAAAACAGAAAGUAUGACAAAGGAACAGAUAAAAGAACUCAUGAGUGAGGUAGAGUAGGCUUUUUUUAUUCUCUAUGUUAUGUUAUGCUUAAUGUUGUGUUAAGUAUAUGAUAAUGGCUUUCUUCGGUAUACAAUACCUUGUGUUAUCCCAAAAACUAAUAUAGUAGGAUACUAACUUCAUAUAACAAGAAACACAAGUAAUAUUACCUUAUUUUAGGCCAGAAUCAUGAGGUCUCUACAUCAUCCUCACGUUGUCCGCUUCUACGGAGUCGGCGCCUUCCAAGAGCCUCUACUGGUCAUAAUGGAACUGGUCGAUGAAGGAGCAUUAGAUGCCAUUUUAAAAAAGAAAUCUCUUGAUGUUCACACCAAGUCCAAGUACUGUUUGCAUGCUUCAUAUGGGAUUACGUAUCUUCAUGGUAAAAACUUAUUACAUCGUGACAUAGCCGCAAGGAAUUGCCUAGUUGGAGGAGGAAAAUUGAAAAUGAGCGAUUUCGGAAUGACAAGAAGGACAAAAGUGUACCGAAUGGACAGGAAAAAGAAGAUCCCGCUCAGGUGGUAGGUUUUGAGCUUUCAAAUAUUGUUUUAGCUUUUAAAAUUAAUUUAAGAGAUGAAAAAACAGACUUUUAAAUUUUUUCAUAACUACAGUGUAUAUUAUAACCCAUGAUACUAUAAUUAGCGUUUUGUUUACAGGGCAGCACCAGAAGCGCUAAAAACGGGCCGGUACACGGCGGAAUGUGAUGUCUAUUCUUGGGGCGUGCUGUGCUGGGAGAUAUUCUCGGAUGGACAAGAACCUUACGGAGAUACUACGAUGCAAGAGAUUGGCAGAAAGGUAAGCUACUUUCUUCACUUUAAAUCUUAAAAACACGUUAAUUAAGAAUAUUUAAAUGAAAAAAUUGGUUCACCUAAAACAAUAUUUUAGAUCAAAAACGGAGAACAACUGAUAUUUCCACCCUCCGCCCCAAAGUUCCUUGUCCGACUGAUCAUCCAGAGAGUAUGGUGCAGUGCAGAACAUCGUUACAUGCAAUCAGAAGUCACAAAACAAUUGGAAAAACUGAUGCCCAUGCUAGCAACAAGUGCACUAACAACACUCGAGAACGAAGAACCUGGCACAGAAGGGCGAAGUGGCAAGGAGAGACCCAGGACUAAGAACAAGAAGAAGAACACCAUCACACAGGGAUGA